AUGCGCCGGCCACGCUACCUCGCCCCGUGUUUUCCACUGGCGCUGCUCCUGCUGCUGUUGGCGGUGCAGUGUGCCGGUGGGUGUCUUGCCGUCGCAGCUCCCGCCCGAGAGGGACGCGGCAGGUUCGACGAGCUGUUGUGGAAGAGCGGCCGGUCGCCAACUGCGGUGGUGCGUGAGCUGCCGCGCAAGGGGCAGGGUGCGAUGCAGGCGUACACCGCCACCACAAAGGAAGAUGACGGUGACUGGAAGCCCAUCCGCAUCACGGUGUUGACGGAGGAUCUGAAGAACGAUAAUCAGAGGAGGUGGUUGAAGAGGUACUGCGAAAAGGUGGGGGAGGAGUACACCAACUACUUGGGGCACAAGGUAGUGUGCAAAGAUGAACACAUUAUGUCGGAGCAAAAGAAGCAGUUGUACGAGAAGAAGAUUAUCCCCAUGGCAGUGAAGCUGCACGCGGAGCGUCUCCUCGUCAAGCCCGUGUCUGACAAAAUACGUUUUCCGAGAUCUUUUGGAGAACCAUGCCAGCACUUUAAAAUUCCAGCUGAACACAAGACCGGUGGUGUGACUGGUGCCGACAUGGUCAUCUACGCAGCUGCCGGGCCGUUCAGCUUCGACAUUCCGGUGUGGGGGGCCACGUGUGCCACGUUGACUGACUUGCGCCCUUCCAUUGGCAUCAUGGAUUUCAACCCGGUGUACCUGACUGAUUCGGCAUGGAGCGUUCGUGUCGCCGCACGCGGGCUUGCGUAUGCUCUUGGGUUCAGCUACGAGGCAAUGAAUGAGAAGGGUAUAGUGAGGUCAGAGUCGACCGGGCGUGGAAUACAGCGCAAGAUGGUGACGGGGCAUAAUGUUAAAGUGAGGGCGGCAGCGCACUUCAACUGCAGCUCUCUGAAUGGCAUGGAGCUGGAGAACGACGAUGCCGGCGCGCAACGGAAGAUGCCUCACUGGGAGGAACGCAGUGCCCGUGACGAACUGAUGGCUCUCACAGUUGGCGCCGGCUACUACACAGCGCUGACGAUGGCGGUGUUUGCGGACCUGGGCUACUACCAUGUAAACUGGAGCAUGGCGGAACCGAUGGCGUGGGGCAACAACACCGGCUGCGACUUC